AUGACGGUACCAGCAGAAAAUGUGAGGGAUGUACUAUCUGUUAGAGUAAUGCGACUUAAUCGUCCAACAUUUGUUAUACAACGUUGUGAACCAACUGAACUUUAUCUGGAUGAUAUAGCAGGGUGUUUAACAGCAGCUGACGCAGGUAUUCGUGGAGACCUUGAUGGUAUUGCGUUAAAUCUUUUAUCUUCUGGUAAUAUACCUCCCUCUUCAAAUUCUCAUGAAUCUCCUAACUAUGAUCAUAUAUUAAAUAAUGACAGUAAAGAUAAUUAUAAUUAUAUACAACCAAAAGUUGGUGGAUAUAGUGAACUGCUAAGUUUAACUCAUUCGUUUGGUACUAUUUAUUUGGGUGAAACAUUCUCGGCACAUAUAAAUUUACAUAAUGAAAGUAAUCAAAUUUGUUACAAUGUUGAAUUAAAAGUUGCUCUUCACAAUCGUAUCGAAUCGAUCACUUUACCGAUAUUCACUUCUUUAAGUGGUCAUUCUAAUAGUACUGUUGGUUCACGUAAUUCUUCAACAAAUUCAGAAUCAUCAAAUACUCAUACAACUCCAGGUCUGUGUAAUAAUGCUGGUGAAAUCAAUACUAAGGAUAGUAUUUUUGAUUUACAACCAGGACAAUCAUUGAAUGCGAUUAUCAGUCAUGAAUUGAAAGAAUUAGGCGUUCAUAACCUGCGAUGUACGGUCUCAUAUUUUCAAACUAGUUCUCACGGUAAAUCAGAAAGUUCAUCGCAUGUGGUAGCAUAUGAAUCUCCACGGUUAACAUCAGGUGUUUCAUCUCGUGAUACUAUUAGUAAACGUGAACCAAUUACAUUUCAACGCUUAUAUAAGUUUAUGGUCAACAAACCUUUGGAUGUUCGAAAGAAAUUUUCAAUAGUUGAUAUUGAUCAUAGUGUACUUAUGGAAACACAAAUUCAAAAUCUCACUGUAACACCAAUUAUACUUGAACGUGUUUUAUUCGAAUCAAAUCCUCAAUUCAGUGUGAUUGAUUUAAAUAAUUUACAGUUUGAUAAAAAAUCUCAUUCUAACACUCCAACGUAUUAUUUACAACCGAAUGAUGUGCAACAAUUUUUAUACCGUUUAAUACCGACAACAACCAAUUCAUCGCCUUUAUUAAAUCUAUCAUCUACCAAUUCAUCAAUACCAACUUCAACUGUGCCUGAUCCAAUUCCAGUUUCUUCCACAACUACCCGUCAAGUGUCAAUAUCAGCUGGACGUCUAGACAUUACAUGGAGAUCACUUAUGGGUGAAAGAGGACGCUUACAAACAAGUUCUUUAAAAUACGAACUUCCUACUUUUGGUGAUAUUCAGUUGAGGGUUUUAACUAUUCCAUCCACUGUGACAACAGAACAACCAUUCACAUUAAAGUUUGAAUUAACUAAUUGCAGUAAAAUGAAUUUAGACUUAAUACUUAGUUUAUGUUCAACUAAAUACAAUGAUUCUUCUUCAAUUCCAAUUCAAUCAAUCAUCAAUGAAAAUGAAAAUACCUCUAAUAAUAAUGAUAAUAAUAAUUCAAUUCAAUUAACAAAUAGUUAUUUACCAUUGAUUGUUUGGUUAAGUAAAACUAGACAAAAACUUGGCAAAUUAUUACCUGGUCAAUGUAUUCCAUUUGAAUUGAAUUUAAUGGCUACAUUACCUGGGUUACAUAUGGUUUCCGGUUUAUGCAUUCAUGACUUAACAAUGAAUCGUGAUUAUGAAUUUAACAAUUUAACCCAUGUUCUUGUUUUUACCAAUAGUGCUGUUUCAGCUUAAUUUCCCUCUUUCUCUCUCUUUCUCUCUCUUCAUAUCUUCUUCAUUGGUGAAUACUAUGCAUAAAACUAAUAUAUCAAUAAUCACUACCAUGUGUAUUACAGUUUUGGGCUUCUUUUCUUUUUUCUUCUAAAAAUAGGAAAGAAAACUAUUUUGUCUUAUCUAAUUAUCCCUUUACAAUUAAAAUAUUGUUGGGGUUUUUUUUGUUUGUUUUAUUUUUGUUUCUCUUUCACAUUUACCUUUUUCUUUCAUUUUAUGUAACAUUUGUGUUUUCUUUGUUGAAAUUAGACUUUAGAUUCAUUAUUAUCUAUAAUUUAUAAUUUCAUAUUAUGUGUAUACAGUGAUUUAUUUUGUUAUCAAUUUAAUAAACAAUGUUGUUUGUAUCUACCUACAAUUGAUAUUUGAAUAGAAUGUUGCUGGGUCUCCCCCCCUCCCUUGUUUGUUUGUUCAUUUGAUUGAUUGUUUAACAAUUAAAUCUCAUUUAUUCACUCAGUUUUUUACAUAGUACCAAUUCAUAGGUUUAACUUGAACUGUUCAGUUAUACAAAUUAUAAUGGCUUAGGUUAGGAUUUUAACCUGCAAUUUAAUGAUUUAAUGAAUACGUUAAUGCAUUUACAAUAUCCUAAAGAGUAGAUGAUGACUUAAUUGUUUUAUCAAUUGAUGGUACUACUUUACCUUAUACUACAGUAUACUGAUACUGACUUGAUAAGUGUUUCAUGUUGAUCGAUAAUUUCUUUGGAAUUGAAAACGGAACUCAAAAUAGUUUACUGAUAAUGUUAAAUCUGGAGAGACUAUAAUUUAUAGAUGAACCAAUCAAAUAUAAGAUAAGAAAUCUCGGAUUUUGGCGCGAAAUUCACCUAUCCAUUUGGCUAAAUAAAGUUUUGACAUUAUAGUUGAUGUUAGUUCGUGAUGAAAACCCGAAAUCUAAUUUCUAAGUUUGAUCAUCAACUGUAUAUUAUAACUCUAAUUGCUGACACAGGUUCAUAUCGAGAUUAGAUGGUGGUUGGAGGUAGUCUACAGGAAACCCUGGACCCGGGUUUCCUGCUAUUUGGCACUCGUCAGCAAGGUGUACCUGUAAUUUUGAGGGAACUGGUGCUCCCUGGCGGAUUCGAUCCCGUGUCACUCAGCUUCUCAGUCAGAGACGUUACCACUGAGCUAUCCAAGCCGCGACUGACCUGUAGGACUGAGAUGUAAUCACAAUUGAUUGAUCACUGGGUGGUGAUCAAUGUCAUGCGUGUCAAGUUUUUAUUUAGUGCAGAUCGAAUCUAAUCUCAAUAUAUAGUACCCGCAAUGUCGAGUCACCUAGACUGGUGGCCACAUUGCAAUUUGGUCGAUAGCAUUCGAUCUGCACUAAAUAAGGACUUCACAUGCAUGACAUUGAUCACCACUCAGUGAUCAAUCAAUCGUGACAGGUCAGUCUACCGUCGUUCAAAGUCCG